AGAAAACAUAUAAUAAUGUAAUCGGAAAUUGUCGUAGGCUUUUCAAAUAUGAUUUUGGUAUGUUAUCUCGGCGCUUUGCUUAUUACCGUGGUCGCAAAAAUUUCUAUUCUUGUUCAAGAAUAACCGGAAAUGGUUUAUUUGUCAUUUUGGCUGGCUGGUGGAAGCGACUGCGGAAAUAGCCGCAACGCUACUCUAAAAAUACAAGUAAAGGAAUUAGUAUCGACGCGUAUUUUUACUGCGUACUCAUCUAUCACCAAAAUGUCCCGGCAAUCUAACCGAACAACAGACAGCAAGAAGAUGAACUCUGAGUUGUUCACGCUGACCUACGGAGCCCUGGUCACACAACUAUGCAAAGAUUACGAAAAUGACGAGGAGGUCAACAAACAACUGGACAAGAUGGGUUACAACAUCGGAGUACGUCUCAUCGAGGACUUCCUGGCACGCUCCAGCGUCGGCAGGUGUCAGGAUUUCCGAGAAACGGCCGACGUCAUCGCUAAGGUGGCAUUUAAAACCUACCUCGGGGUCUCCCCCAGCGUAAGCAACUGGAGCCCGGCCGGAGACGAGUUCUCCCUCAUCCUGGAGAGCAACCCGCUGGUGGAUUUUGUGGAGCUGCCCGAUAACCACAACGCGCUCAUCUACUCCAACCUGUUGUGCGGCGUCCUCAGAGGCGCUCUGGAAAUGGUCCAAAUGGCCGUGGAUGUGAAAUUUGUCCAGGACACACUGCGGGGGGACAAUGUGACGGAAAUCCGGAUGAAGUUUGUCAAGAGGAUUGAAGAGAACCUCCCCGCAGGAGACGAGUGACAAAAUGACACCGCAGUCGGUCAACAUUCUGCCUCGUCGGCAAGUUUUUUUUUUUCUUCCUUUCUUUCUUCCAAUGACACGUUCCAGAGCGGAAGAGACGAUUGAUUCACUCGAGACGACACUGAAUCUCAACGCGAUUGUGUGGCCCUGCUACCUUCAAUAUGCAAGGGAUCAAAACUUAUCCUUUGCCACCCCCCCCGACCCCAUUGCUUCAUUUGGAAACAUUGGAAAAAAUGGCGCCUUAACAGACAGGCCGCUUAAGACAAUUAGAGUGUUAUUAUUAUUAUGUUGUUUUUUUAAUGUGAGUAUUGCUGUCAAUUGUAUGGCACGUUAAACUAAUGAUGUUCAUGUGAAUAAAUGCAACAUAUUUGAUUUUGAA